AUGUUUUCCGAAUUAUUGUUGUUUAUUUAUUAUUAUUAUUCGAUUCAACUAAAUUUCAUUGAUACUCGUUAUAUACGACUUCCAUCUGUAAAUUGUAGUGAAAUAUCACCAAUCGGUUUUCCUAUUAUACAUUUACUGAAUAUUCUAUCUCAAACAGAUUUUUCAUCAUCAUCUCCCACUUGGUUAUUUAGUUUUUCAUCAAAUAAUUCUGUUACAAGUUAUUUUCUCAUUGAUGAUCUUAAAGGUACUAUUACCGUCAAACAUCGUUUAGAUCGAGAAUAUUUAUGUAGUGUUGCACGAUUAUGUUCAUGUUUGAAUUGUACAUUGAAACUCGAAAUAAUAGCAAUAUCGGAUACAAUAUCACAUAUUCUAUUAUUACCAAUCACCAUUCUUGAUGAAAAUAAUAAUUUACCGUACUUUAUACGAAAUAAUUAUCAAUUUAAUGUGAGUGAAGCAACUCGAAUUGGCACUCGAUUACAAUUGCCACAAGCACAAGAUCAAGAUCAACCACCAAAUAAUAUUCAAUUAUAUUCACUUACACCAAUAAUGACAAAUGAAACUGUUCACUAUUUUGAAUUAGUUAUGUUAGAAAAAUCACUAACAGUUGUACCUGAAAUGAUAUUAAAACAUUCACUUGAUCGUGAAACAAAAUCUGAACAUCAUUAUAAAUUAUGUGCAUAUGAUAUUCAACAUCGUGUUUGUACAAAUAUUAUCUUUAAUAUAUUAGAUAUUAAUGAUAAUAUUCCUCAGUUUGAUCAAAGACAAAUAACAAUAAAUAUUUCUGAACUAAUACCAAUUGAUUCAUCAAUAAUUCAAAUACAUGCACAUGAUGAUGAUACAGGAAUAAAUGGUGAAAUACGUUAUCAAUUUAGUAAAUGGACAAAAGAUGAUCAAACAAUAGUUGACACAUUUCAUUUAGAUUCAAUAACCGGUUGGUUAACGUUAAUUAAAGAAUUAGAUUAUGAACAACGAAUUAAUUAUGAAAUACAAAUACAAGCGAAUGAUUUGGGAGAAAAUUCAAUUCCUGUUUACAUGACAAUUACAAUUCAUGUUCAAGAUGAAAACGAUAACAGUGCUGAAAUAUUUACAUUUGCACCAGUAAACAUUGAUUUGAAUGACACGAUAAUAAAUGUUUUAGAAAAUAUUACCAUUGGUACAACAUUACUAUAUUUAAGUGCAACAGAUAAAGAUAGUGACGAUAAUGGACGUUUAUCUGUUACACUAACAAAUAUGACCGUAAAUAAUUUUUUAUCUGUACAAAAAAUAACUGAUAAUACCUAUCAACUAGUAACAUUGAAAAUGUUUGAUCGUGAACAAUAUUCUAUUUAUUAUUUUACAUUGUAUGUCAGUGAUUAUGGACAUCCACAUCGAUCAACUUCAUUAAAAUUUCAAAUUAAAUUAAUUGAUAUCAAUGAUUGUUUUCCAGUAUUUGAAAAAACAUUAUAUCAAUUUAAUAUAACAGAAAAUAAUCCGUUAAAUUAUGUAUUUGGACGAAUAUUAGCGACAGAUGCUGAUGAAGGAAUUAAUUCACAAAUACAUUAUCAUAUACAAAAUUACACAAAUAUAUUUUCUCUUAAUCAUAAUAAUGAAUUAUAUACGAAAAUGAGUUUUGAUUAUGAACAACAAUCCAUUUAUCGUUUUAAUGUGAUAGCUGAAGAUAGUGGUUUAUUGCAAACAAUUGUACCAGUUGAAAUUCGAGUUAGAGGAUUAAAUGAUAAUCCACCCGUAUUUCCAUCUGGAGAAAUUUUCAUGCAAAUUGAAGAAAAUCGUCCUAUUAAUACAUUAAUUGGUCGUAUCGUUGCCUUUGAUCGUGAUGAAGAUUUACUUACGUAUGAAAUAUAUCCAGAAGAUAAAUCGUAUACAACUGGAAAAGUUUUAUUAACGACUGAUGGAAAAUUAUUUACAGCCACAGUGUUUGAUCGCGAACAAUAUAAUAAUUUAUCAUCAAUCAAAUUUCGUGUAAGAGUACACGAUAGUCAACAUAUAGUAGUAACAAAUGUUGAAGUAAAUAUAAUCGAUGUUAAUGAUAAUUUACCAAAAUUAAUUUAUCCAAUCGAUGAUAAUUCUAUUCUAUGUUUUGAACGUCAUUCUUCUAAUAAUACAGUUUUAUUCAAAGCUUAUGAUCCAGAUGAGAAUAGUCAAGUUAUAUUUUCCUUGUUAACAACACAGCAUAUAUUUCUUUAUCCUAAUGGUACAUUGAUAGUUAACACUACACGAAUUUCACUUGGAUUUCAUACAAUCACUAUUUGUCUUCAAGAUCAUAUGCAUUCAUCCACAUACAAUAUUCAUAUUAUAAUUGUUGAUAAUUAUGAUAAAUGUAACAGUAGUUAUUUUAGUUAUCGUUCACGUCAUUUUAUUUCUACAUUUUUCAAUUUUCAUAAUAAAAUAGUUUUAUUUCUAACAUUAAUCUUUGUAUUCAUUUUUAUUUUAAUCAUAAUUGUAUUUUAUUUAUGUUUAAAACGUCGAAAAGCGUCAUCGUUAUCAUUUACUUCAAACGAAUCGGUUGAAGAUAAUCAAGAAGAAAGAGAAGAAGAAGAAGAACAUGAUACGUUGAUACAUCGUACAAUUCUUCUCAACCCUCAUCCACCAACAUCACAAUCAUCUUCACCGUUUACAACAAUAUCGAAUACAAGUAUGACAUCAACAUUAGCCGAACAUCAUAAUCAUAAUCAACCACAAAAGAUAUCAACAAUCAUCAAAAAAUAUUCGUUAAAUGAACAGUCAAAACUUUCAGCUUUUGAGACACGAAACAAUAACAAAAAAUCUUUGUCAUUGUCUUCUUCAGCAUCAUCAACUUAUAUUAAAAUGAGUCGAUCAUUUGAUAAUGAAAUGGUAUAA